AUGGCACCCCUCAUCGGCCUGAUAACCUGCAGCCAGCGCACACCGCGCGCAGGCCCACAAAUCAGCGCCUUCAUCCACAAGGCGAUCCUCGAAUCACACCCCACCGCCAACGUCCAGACCAUCGACCUCGCGGAAUGGAACCUGCCCCUGUACAACGAGCCGGGGAUUCCGUCGUUCAUCAGCUCGGCGGACGGAUACGUGCACGAGCACACCAGGGCCUGGUCACGGGAGAUAUCGCGCUACGAGGCCUUUGUCUUCGUCACCCCGCAGUAUAACUGGGGGUAUCCGGCCAGCAUCAAGAAUGCGAUUGAUUAUCUGUACAACGAGUGGAAGGGGAAGCCCGCGUUGGUGGCGAGCUAUGGGGGACAUGGUGGGGGGAAGGCCGCGGCGCAGUUGAGGCAGGUGUUGGAGGGGCUGAGGAUGAGGCCGUUGGAGAGGAUGGUCGCGCUGACAUUUCCUGGGAAGGAGGAUGGGUUGAAGGCGACGAAGGGAGAGGAUUUGGGGCUGGAAGGUGAGGCGGGGUUCUGGGAUGGGGAGAAGGAGGGGAUUCAGGAGGCGUUUGGGGAGUUGGUGAGUGCGGUCGAGGGGGGAGUGAUCAUCCCGAUGCUCCUCCUUUCUGCGAUAUUUUACUCUUUCGCAGGCUUCUCGCUUGCAGCGACCGCCCUCCCAUCCUCUGACAACCACACCAUCGAGGAAACAAUAACCUGCGAUGUUUGCAUUAUCGGAGGGGGAGGCUCAGGCACAUACGCUGCGAUUCGACUCAAAGAUGAAGGAAAGCACGUGGUGGUAGUCGAGCGAAACAACCGUCUGGGGGGCCACACGGAGACAUAUUACCUCCCGGAUGGCAGCCACGUCGACUACGGGGUCGAAGGGGCCUUCAACGACCAGGUAUCCAGGAACUUCUUCACCCGCCUCGGGGUGAAGUGGAAGCAACUCGUCCCUCUGAAAAAAAGAACCGACUACGUCGACUUCACCACAGGGGAACGCGUAGACCCCCCGAGUGGUCUCAUCGAGACCGGGGUGGCCACGUUUCUCUAUCGCAGCGCAAUCAAGCAAUACACCUUCCUCAACAAAGGGGUGUACGACCUCCCUGACCCCGUACCGGAGGAUCUCGUCCGUCCAUUUGGAGAAUUUAUGCAGAAGAACUCCCUCGAGGCGGCCAUACCAAUGGUAUUCUUCUUUGGGCAGAAUGUGGGGAAUCUCCUCGAGAUGCCUCUCUUAUAUGCCGUCCAGAACUUUGGGGUCCCGCACAUCGACGCCCUGGUCCAGGGCUAUAUCACACCACUCAACGGCGUGUACGAGCUGUUUCGGAAGGCAGGGAGGAUUCUAGGCUCAGACGUGCUUUUCCAGACCACGGUGGCUGAGGCGAAGCGAUCCGAUUCCGGGGUUGAGCUGACAGUGGAGCAUACGGACGGCAGUCGCAAACUGAUCAAGGCUAAAAAGCUCCUGAUCACCAUCCCCCCGAUCAUGAAAAACCUCAAGGACUUUGACCUCGACGAAACCGAAACGGAGCUCUUCAAAAAGUGGUUCUGGAGAACGUACUACGUCGCCGUUCUCAACAACACCGGCCUCCCGGACGCCAUUUAUGUCUCGAAUGCGGACCCUGGAACGGGACCGGGUAACCUGCCUCAAAUGCCGUUUGAUUAUCUGUUGCAGUAUAUGGGGGUCUCGGGAUAUCCGACCAGCAAGUUAGUCGGGGAUAUGAACUUCACAGCGGAGGAGGCGAAGAAGCUUCUUAUAUCGGAUUUCUCCCGGAUGAAGAGGAAGGCCACGUAUCCGAUCCAGAAUCCCGAAAUCGUGGCGUUUGAGGAUCACUCGCCCGAGACGCUGAUGGUGACGCCGGAGGAGAUUCGCAAUGGCUAUUAUCGGAAGCUGUAUGCGCUGCAGGGGAGGCGAAACACUUACUACACUGGAUUGACGUUUUGCUCGGAUUAUACGUCGCUGCUGUGGGGGUACACCAAUACAGUGCUGGACAAGAUGGGCUGA